AUGGUGAGGAUGGGAGGGGUGAGGGUGGCGGACGAUGAAAGCUCUUGCGCGGGAAAGGUUGAAGGGUGGCGGGAGGAUGAGGAAGGGGUUCCCAAUCCUUAUUGGAACACCGACCAUGUUAUGGCCUGGAGGCAUUUCCGUUUGCCUACACCAGUCUACGUCAGAGUGGAUCGUUCAGGAGUGUAUCACUCAUAUCCAGAGCUGCCAGGUCGGCCGUUCCAGAGUUUUGAUGCAAUUGCAAGUGCUCUCCAUACCUAUGCUCGUGACAGUAGCACUGACACGUCCAAGGAAACAAAAAAGGAGCGUCUUAUACGUGAAUCUCUUGAGUGGUCAGAUGGUACGAGGAAGGUCGCCACAAGUUUGAAAAUAGCCGAGAGGGAAACGGAGAAUGUGCACAGACUGGUUGAAGCUUUACUGGACAAGAAGCACGACGAUGAGGGUUUCGAGUAUGAACUCAAAGAUAUUGUGCAUUGGCAAUCAAUCUGCGAAGGUCCCAAUGCAUGGUACUACCAUGGCAAUAUCACUAUGAAAACUAAAGGAGUUGAUGAUGAUGCGGGCAGUGUCAAUCAAUUCUUCGCUGAAGUCACACUUGAUCAAAGCGAUACGCCGGGAUAUUUUCUCAGCAGUUUCUGCAGAAUCGACCCUAACAGCAAGGGUGGUGUACACUCUUAUCUUAAAUUAAGCAUUUUUGGAAUACUGUUUGAAAUUAGCUGUUAG